AUGCUGUGCUCUACUCCCCCCGAAAAGGGCGACCGAGGCGCAAGACUCGACGGCGACCAUGCGCCUCCUCAGUCCUCACCAUUGCGCGCGGGCGCGACAAGGCGCCGGGACUUUUCUCGGGGCACGAAAGGAAAUCAACCAUCUCGGCGAAACCGCGAAAUUGGGUCUGGGCAGCGACUGCAUUCCCGCAUCUGCGACAUGAAGGAAAGCCAACGGACGGCGACCGUCGAUGACGGCGGCGGCGGCGGCCACGCGUCGCCCCUCUGCCAAAGGGGCGCCAGAGACACGUAG